AUCAUUCAUCAGGCUGGCUUGCGUUAUCGUCUUGCCAAUGCAGACGAAACCCUAAUCUUCAUCCGCUAUCUUCUCACAAAACGCUAUCCUUCUUCUUACUUUUCUCUGCAAAUCUAAAGCCUCCAUCUCUCCGAUCUCUGCUCCCUGAAAAAUCUGGGGUUUCACUUGGCUUUUCUAAUGCGAUCUUCGAUGGAAAUCUCUGAUUAGAGCUUGAACUCUCGAAUUUGAAGUCAUAUAUAUUCGGGUAUGUAUAGGGAUCGAGGAGGAGGAGGCGGGUCCUCGAAGUCGGAGAUCGUUGCGGGGCCGUUGGAUCGGAAGCGGAUUAACGACGCUUUGGAUAAGCACUUGGAGAAGUCGUCGCCCACUUCGAGGUGUCUGUUGAAUAGCAAGGACAAGGAGAGAGUUUCUAUGCUCUCCACUUCCACCGCCGGGGGCGGCGGAAAGUCGCAGCAGCAGCAGCUCGAUCACCGGUCGGCUUCCAGCAUCGCUACCAAGAACAAGUGCUCCGAUGAGGAAUCUGAGACAGACAGUGAAGAAUCCGAUGUUAGUGGUUCCGAUGGGGAUGACACAUCUUGGAUUUCGUGGUUUUGCAAUUUGAGAGGAAAUGAAUUCUUUUGUGAAGUUGAUGAUGAAUAUAUCCAAGAUGAUUUUAAUCUUUGUGGAUUAAGCAAUCAAGUUCCAUAUUAUGACUAUGCGCUGGAUCUAAUUCUGGAUGUUGAAUCCUCUCAUGGUGACAUGUUCACUGAAGAACAGAAUGAAUUGGUUGAAUCAGCUGCAGAAAUGCUGUAUGGCCUAAUACAUGUUCGAUACAUAUUGACUAGUAAGGGAAUGGCAGCAAUGCUAGAGAAGUACAAAAGCUAUGACUUUGGAAGAUGCCCAAGAGUUUACUGCUGUGGACAACCCUGCCUUCCGGUUGGUCAAUCCGAUAUUCCUCGUUCAAGUACCGUGAAAAUUUACUGUCCCAAAUGCGAAGAUAUUUACUACCCUCGAUCCAAGUAUCAAGGCAAUAUUGAUGGAGCUUACUUUGGAACUACUUUUCCCCAUCUGUUUUUGAUGACAUAUGGGCAUCUAAAACCUCAAAAACCCGUACAAAACUAUGUACCAAGAGUAUUCGGUUUCAAGAUCCACAAACCAUGAAGCUAGCGCUUCUGCUGUUGGAGAUCUCAAUUUUCUACCACCCACCGACUACUCCCAUCUCGCGUCUCUGGAUGUGCCGGCUGUCCUGAAAGGAGAUGAAGUGCAGUGGCUCCAAAACAUGAAGACUGAUUAAUGGAUGGAAAACGAAAGCUUGCCUGCUUCUCAAGCAAACUUCUCUUUGAAACCUAUCCAUGAAUUCGACCAAUGGAGCUAGUGUUAUCUUUGUUUCUCUUUCUCCAAGGGGUAAGAAUUGUUUGAUGUGCUUUUCCUUGUAGUUUCUUUCAUGCUAUCCUUUUUAAUGUUGAAAUACUCAUUAUCAGGUAGGAUUUAGGGUUAAGGCAGGGUUCUUUCUUUGUCUGGGAGGACUCUCUGCUUUCUCUAUGUAAUUCUGUAAAGCCGCCAUUGGUCUCAGUGGUGGAGAUGGAGAUAAAAAACAUAUAUAAGGAAUUAAUUAAUGCUUAUGAGGAGACGGAGGCCUUUUAUGUUUUGUGGCUA